GGGGCACCCACGGAGGCGCGGGGAUGCUCUGGGCGGGAAGGAGGUGGAGGGUUGAGGGUGACGUGGGGACAGUCCUGCCCAGGUGGCACCAGGGUGGAUGUGGGGACAGUCCUGGUGUGCAGGUGGCACCGGGGUAACAUGGGGACAAUCCUGCCCAGGUGGCACCAGGGUGGGUGUGGGGACAGUCCUGAGCGCUGGGUCAGGUUUGGGGAUGGUCUUGAUCUCUGGGUGACAUCAGGGUGGACGUGGGAACAAUCCUGCUGCCCAGGUGGCACCAGGGUGCAUGUGGGGACAGUCCUGCUGCCCCAGUGGCACUGGGUCAUGUUUGGGGACAGUCUUGGUCUCUGGGUGACACCAGGAUGAGGAUGGGAAUGAUCCUGGUCCCCAGGUGGCACCAGGAUAACGUGGGGACAAUCCUGCCCAGGUGGCACCAGGGUGGGUGUGGGGACAGUCCUGGGCACUGGGUCAGGUUUGGGGACAGUCUUGGUCUCUGGGUGACACCAACCUGGGGAUGGAGACAGUCCUGCUGCCCAGGUGGCACCAGGGUGGACAUGGGGACAAUCUUGGUGCCCAGGUGGCAAUGGGGUAAGAUGGGGACAAUCCUGCCCAAGUGGCACCAGGGUGGACCUGGGGACAGUCCUGCUGCCCAGGUGGCCCUGAGGCAGAUUUGGAGGCUCUCCUGCCCGGGUGGCACCAGGGUGGACGUGGGGACAGUCCUGCUGCCCCAGUGGCACUGGAUCAUGUUUGGGGACAGUCUCGGUCUCUGGGUGACACCGGGAUGAGGAUGGGAACAAUCCUGCUGCCAAGGUGGCACCGGAGUUACAUGGGGACAAUCCUGCCCAGGUGGCACCAGGGUGAAGAUAGGGACAGUCCUGGUUUUUGGGUGUCCCCGAGGUGGGGAUGGGGACAGUCCUGCUGCCCAGGUGGCCCUGGGUCAGAUUUGGAGGCUCUCCUGCCCAGGUGGUACCAGGAUGGACAUGGGGACAGUCCCGUUCCCCAGGUGAUGCCGGGUCAGGUUUGGGGAUAGUCCUGUUGCCCAGGUGGCACUGGGUCAGGCAUGGGGACAGUCCUGCUCCCCCGUGUCCCCAGGCUGGGCACAGGGAUGUCCCCAUUCCCUGAAUGUCCCCAGACUCAGUGCAGGGGGGGGUUGGUCCCAGUGUCCUCCAUCCGGACACCGUGUGGGGCAGGUCCCCGCUGGUCCCAUUCCCGUGUGUCUCCAAUGUCCCUGCUGUCCCCAGCGUCCCCAUAUGGGACACUGGUCCCCCCAGUCACCAUGUUGGGCAGGUCCCACCACUGUCCCCCCUUUCCCCAUAUGGGGCAGGUUCAGUGUCCCCACUGUCCCCGUGUUGGGCAGGUCCCCCUUGUCCCCAAUGUCACCGUAUGGGGCAGGUCCCCAGUGUCCCCACUGUCCCCAUGUGUGGCAGGUCCCCCCUGUCCCCAUGUGGGGCAGGUCCCCCGUGAUCCCAUGUGGAGCAAUUCCCCCCCUGUCCCCACUGUCCCCAUGUGGGGCAGGUCCCCAGUGUCACCAUAUGGGGCAGGUCCCACCACUGUCCCCCUUGUCCCCAUGUGGGGCGGGUUCAGUGUCCCCACCCUCCCCGUGUGUGGCAGGUCCCCCCUGUCCCCAUGUGGAAUAAGUCCCCCCCUGCCCCCAAUGUCACCAUAUGGGGCAGGUCCCCACUGUCCCCAUGUGGGGCAGGUCCCCCCUGUCCCCACUGUCCCUGUGUGGGGCAGAUCCCCACUGUCCCCGUGUGGGGCAGAUCCCCAGUGUCCCCAUUGUCCCCAUGUGGGGCAGAUCCCCCCUGUCCCUGUGUGGGGCAGGUCCCCAGUGUCCCCAUUGUCCCCAUGUGGGGCAGAUCCCCCCUGUCCCUGUGUGGGGCAGGUCCCCAGUGUCCCCAGCUGGGGCAGGCCUCCCCCCAGCCCUGCCAGGCGGGUUCCUGCGGUGUCCCCCCCCACCUUGGGGACACGUUGGGGACCGGGUGGCAGGGCAGGUGGCAGGCGGUACCGGCGCCGUUUAUAGCCCGGAGCCGGUGGGUGGGAGCCGCCUCGGGAUCCGGGCUGGCACCCGGCCCGGCGUCACCGUCACCGUCACCGUCACCAGCGCCGCCGAUGGGGUACGGUCCCCCUGGUCCCUGGGGAAGAGGUUGGGAGGGGGUGGGGGGUCCCGUGUCCUUGGUGCCCCCUGGGGAUGUCCCUUGUCCCCAGGGAGAUGGUCCCCAAGGGAUGGGGGCUCCUGGCUCCAUGUCCCCUGGGGCUGGUCCCAAGGAGAUCGCUGAUCUCCAGGGAUGUCCCUUGUCCCCUGGGGUGUCCCUUGUCCCCAGGAGACGGUCCCUUGUCCCCUGGGAUGUCCCUUGUCCCCAGGGGUCUCUCUUCCCCAGGGACGUCCCUUGACCCCUGGGAUGUCCCUUGUCCUCAGGGGUCUCUUCCCCUGGGAUGUCCCUUGUCCCCAGGGGUCUCUCUUCCCCUGGGAUGUCCCUUGUCCCCUGGGAUGUCCCUUGUCCCCAGGGGUCUUUCUUCCCCAGGGAUGUCCCUUGUCCCCAGGGAUGUCCCUUGUCCCCAGGGGUCUCUCUUCCCCUGGGAUGUCCCUUCUCCCUUGGGAUGUCCCUUGUCCCCAGGGGUCUCUCUUCCCCUGGAUGUCCCUUGUCCCCAGGGAUGUCCCUUGUCCCCAGGGGUCUCUCUUCCCCUGGGAUGUCCCUUCUCCCCUGGGAUGUCCCUUGUCCCCAGGAGACAGUCCCCAGUGGUCCCUCUUCCCCAGGGAUGUCCCUUGUCCCCAGGAGAUGGUCCCUUGUCUCCAGGAGAUGGUCCCCAGGGGUCUCUCUUCCCCAGGGAUGUCCCUUCUCCCUUGGGAUGUCCCUUGUCCCCAGGGGUCUCUCUUCCCCUGGAUGUCCCUUGACCCCUGGGAUGUCCCUUGUCCCCAGGGGUCUCUCUUCCCCUGGGAUGUCCCUUGUCCCCUGGGAUGUCCCCUGGGGGAUGAUGUCCCU